GAUUACAUUAUUUGGAGAUUUGUAUUGCCAAACACAUGGCAAUUACAUUUUCAUACAUAUUCCUUAAUGGCCACAAGUGCAGUCCGUGCAAGUGCAGUUAGUGCCACACUUGCACUUCCCAUCAUGCUCAGCUGCUGGAACAUCCAUGUCAACAGUCUCGAUGUAGCUCUUCUCAGUCUCUACUAUAACACCAUAGCUGUUUCCCUUGCUGCAUGGCAUAUUAGUCUUGUCAGCGCAGUCACAGUUGCCGCAUGUGUUCGACAUGUUUGGUUUUGAGGAAUAAAGCAAAGCACAAGAAA